UGUUAUGUAUUUGUAAAUCAAUAACAUUGAUUAAAAUAUUCUAAAAACACAUAAUAGAGAGAGAAAAGAAGAGAGAGAUAAGAAGAGAAAGGUAUAUAGGUGGACUCCACAUAUUUUUUUUGUCAGAUUGUCUCACGUGAUGGGGACCACAUGCUGAUUGUUCCACUGAAAACUUAUGUAGUACUAUUGAAUCUUCAGUGGUAUUAUUUAUGCAUAAAUUUAGUACAACUGAAUGCAUAUAUAAUCAUAUAUAGUUUCAUCGUAUGUUCAAUGGUAUUAUUUGAUCAUCCAAUAAUAUCAUGAUAUGUAUGCGUUUGUACAUAUGUGCAAUUACAUGAAUGUCCUUUGUUAUGCAUUUCUACAUUGGUAACAUUCCUCCUUUUAAGAUCCCUCAUAAACUCAAUAAAGGCCAUCAGAUCCACAACCCAAAAUGACUACUUUUAGGACACUGAUUACGGUUUAAUUACUACACAUUAGAAAAGAUAUAGAAUAUAAUUCCUAAUCCAAACAAUCAUAUAAUCCAAAUCUUAUUUUAAUCAAGGCGUCAAAGCUGACCUUUUCUUAAUCUUACUCAGAUCAUCCCAUUUCGAAAUAGGAGGAAAGGUGAUAGACAAUCCAAAAUUUCAAACUUUUACAUCACCUUAAUUGAUAGUGACUAAAGAGGGUUCAUUUAAUCUUCCUCACAUAAAUGACCCUCUUCUUUGAUUUAUGCUCUAAAAUGAACACUACUACAGUGCUUUUCUUACAUCUUUUGACUAUUGCAAGUGCUCCUAGAAACAUUUUACAACAUCACGAUGUUGCUCACGCAAGAGCUCAUGCUCGAGCCGGUGCCCGAUGGGAUCUUUACCUCUUAUCCCUCAUCCGAUACCCAAUUUCCUUCUUGGAUGAUGGUUGAUGUUUUCUCAAACAAUAAUUCCGCCGUCGAAAACGAUGAAGCCUUGGGAACCCUUGGCAGAGUUGACGAGCCAACACCCACCGUUUCGCUUCCUGAAGAGCUAGUUCUGCCCUUUUCACCGGUUUGUAACUUUAUUGACCAAGUCAACGACGAUGGCUCCGGUAACGUUAAGCUUCUUGCUGAACAGAACUUGGAGAAAACACUUUUGGAUUUCAAACCACAAUUAAAGACUAAUCAAAUUGUAGCUGCUCAAUUAUGGUUUCCAACACAAAUUGUUAAGACAAAUGUUCUAAGAUCUUCACAGCACAAUAUACCUGGUUCAUGGACCGAUGAUAAACGGUUCAUGCUAGAUGUGACUGAGGGAUACUUGUGUGAAUCGUUAACCCGAGUUUAUUCCUGUGACAGAGAGACUAAAACCAGUAGCUCGUUUAGCAUCAUUGACACCCUUAUCCCGUACUUGUCUACUACGAAAGAGGUGACUUACCUCCUAAAUAGGCAAGUUUCGGUCUCUGCCUUUCAGCUUAGGCGCCCUCAAUGGGCGCCUAACUUGCAUGUAUACAAGUCUCAUCAUCGAAAUGGCCCGAAACCAAGUAUCACCAUGGAAAACUAUUUCAUUUGUGGAACUUUGGCAAUACCUGUGUUUUAUCCUUAUACCAAUCAAUGUGUUGGUGUUUAUGAACUUGUUAUUGCAUCUACCGAAAUUGACCUUGUUGUCGUUGAUAUAAUCUGCAAUCAUCUAAAGGCAAUAAACCUUCGCGCAGACACACAGUUUCACUACCAACCUCGGCAAAGAUUGCUAGCAGAGAUCUUGAAAGUGAUGACCAAAGUAUGCAAAGAUCAUGAUUUACCUCUAGCACAGACUUGGAUGCCUUGUACAUGUCCUGGUCGAAGCUGCAAUUCGCAGCAACUUUGCAUGUCGAAUGCAGAGUUGCCUUUUUACAUGAUAGACUCUUCCUAUUAUCCCUUUUGGAGAGCAGGCGCCAUGUAUCACAUGUCUGAAGGACAGGCGGUUGCAGGCACGACAUUUUCAUCAAAAGGAUUGUGUUUUUGUAGAGAUAUCACCCGGUUUCCUGACAACUUCGCCUUGGUGCCUUUGUCACGUAAAUUUAAGAUUAAUUGCUCCUUGGCUAUUUGCUUAGGGAGUGCAUACGCGAGCAACGAUGUCUAUAUCGUGCAAUUCUUUUGGCAAAGAACCUUGAAAAAUACGAUAGAAGAUGAUGAUCGAAAGGUCAUGGAUAUUACAGCCUCAAUGAAACAACAAUUUGAUAAAUUAAACCUGGUUUCGCCUACGUAUGAAGAGUUCGAGGCAGAAACGGAGAGAGUUAGUUAUCGUACAAAGCUCAUCAACGGUGAGGGUAACAGAGAUGAUUUUACAUUCUUACCGAGUACAAUGACAGGGAAAGAGAACACUAAAGUAGACAUGAUACAACCAGAGGAAAUCCCUUCAAAUAUUUUUAUUGAUCAAGAACACAAUUCAAUAAAUCUUGGAAUAAUUGAAGUUGUCGAAUGCAAAGUUACUAAACAAGCGAGGAAGAAAAGGUUCAAUUUGUCCAUGGAAGAUCUGGAGCCGUAUCUCAAAGGAACAAUAAAUGAUGCAGCCAACGACCUUGGAAUUUCAAAAUCCACCCUAAAGAGAAAAUGCAAGGGAUUGAAAAUCAAGAAUUGGCAAGAUGAGCGAAGGAAAAAGGGUAUUGGUGUUCCCGCAAGGAGGAAAAGAGCAACUAAGCGUAAUUUACUACAAGAGAUGGAACUCGUAGAAGAUGAUAUCUAAGAAGGUUUAGUGAGAAAAUAGCUAAUAAGGUUGUCCAUCUUUGGAAGGCAUGUGAUCAAUGAUCCAACUUUGUGGAGGAGCUGAUCUCUUAACAAGUCUCUGGUAUUUCCAUUUAUUUUGAAUGGGUGUACGUCUAAAUGUAUCAAUAAAUUUUUAUCGUAUUUAAUUGCAUAAUAGGUAUUGUAAGUUAUACUCCAAUGGAUUAUGUAGUGAAUUUAUGUAUGUAGAAGUGUGCUUAUGUUUUAUUUUUUCUUUUUUCGAAGAACCAAGAUUAAAGCAUUCUUAUGCUUUCCAAGAUUAAAAAGGGUGAGUGUAUUUCGUAAAUAACUAAUACCAAAUUAUACUUGUGAUAAUGUAUGUAAUUAUAUUUUUAUUUCGUUA